GAGUAGUAGUAGAAGAAGAAGAAGAGAAGAAGAAGAAGAAGAAGAAGAAGUAGAAGAAGAAGAAAGUGGGGCGGAGAAAAAACAACAACAACAACAACAAAAACAGCAGAAAACCAGGCAUCAACUUGGGCUGCCGAUGACUUUAGGAUGCCUUCCGUUCACUUAUUAAGAGCACUUGUCAGCGAGAGACUGACCGUGGCCGUUGACGAGAUUAUGGCGAUAUUUGAAAAAGCGCUGGCCGAGUUUGAGGACGAGCUCCGGCACCGUCGCAGCAGGCCGCGGGGAGCCGCUCAGCCGUGCGGCACGACGAUCGAGGAGCGCGGAUCAGAUGCAUCCCAGCGCAUCCCCUCUGUGCAUGACGGGAGGAGACCAAGUCUGGAACGAGAGGCUCCAAUGGCCCCAUUCGUCAAAGAGGAACUGCAAGAAGUCUGGACAAGUCACUGUCAAAAAUCGGAAGAGGUGACUGCCUCGUUGGAAAAGGAAGACGUGAAAGAGAAAUCUCUUGCGUCUACAAUUCAACAAAGAGAAAGUGUUGAGCACAGACAGGAAGCUUCUCCAACUUGCAUCUUAUGUGAACCAGUUGAAAGUGACCUCAAUGAAGAAGACUGUGGAGGCACCGAUGCGGUUUUUGACUCGGCUGCAGCCAGUGUCAUAAAAGCAACUCGCAACAAUCGCCGGCCCUUUUCCGACUCGGGGCAAUACAGCGACCCCGAACCUCAUCUUAGCUCCCAUAAUCAGGCCAAGUGCUUCGAGUGCCCAGAGUGUGGCAAAAUAUUCAAAUACAACCACAAUUUGCAGAGACACAUGGCAUGUCACACAGGAGAGAAACCAUUUGGCUGUAUUGAAUGCGGCAGAAAGUUUAAUCAAAAGGCAAGUUUGGACAGACACAAGAGAGUGCACACAGGAGAGAAACCUUUUAGUUGCGUGUUUUGUGGGAAAAACUUCACUCGGAGGGGCUCAUUAACUUCGCACAUGAGAUUUCAUACGGGGGAGAAGCCGUUCAGCUGCUCCCUAUGCAAGAAAAGUUACAAUAACAGAGGGACGCUGGUCAAGCACAUGCGAGCGCAUGAGAAUCACGCGAGGUCAAGCCAGGAGAUAAACAAUCGAUUGGAAACGUGGACGAUGUAGGGCUUUACGAUUGCGAUUUCAUUAUUGCUACCAUUACUGCGGGGGAAUGAUUGAACCAUGGCAAGUGAUAAUAAUUCAAACGUUACUUUAUUUGUAAUGCUUUAGACCACGAGUGUCAAACUCAAGGCAGCGAAACCUUGUAUGAUUCUCGCUCCACUCCGCACCAACAUUCCAAAUUGUUGGAUUUCAUAACAACGUCGAGAAUAUUACAGGUAUAAUCGAAGCAUUUUUUUUUUUUUUUUUUUUGGGGUUACCAAACCCAUUGUUUUACAGUAACUUGCUCAGUGGUUGAACAAACACCGAUUCCUGACUUCUGUUUUCAAAUAGUCGUGUGGGACCAUGACGAGCAAAACUUUGCGGGUGACUGAUGCCCCAUUUGGGGAAAAAUGGAAAAAAAAAAAAAAUGGAAAGAAUUGAAAAAUUAUUUUAAGACAAUUGAAAAAAUAAAAAAAUAAAAUUGAAACUCUGCAAUGCCAAACCUUGAGUAUGUGGGGGGUCCACUGAUUUUUCACGACACAAUGAAACACACAGAUAGGAUAGAAAGAUUUUGUUCUUUUCCCCCCCCCCCUCUUUG